CAGAAAAGGGCAUCAUAUUUCCAACUGUGAAAGUAUUUAAACUACAAUGCCAGAUAAUCUUGGUAUCUCAUUCUGAUGACAGUUCCAGGUAUCUGCUGAACUUCACUGCCUGCCUAGACCUCUGAACCUGACAAGAUGUCAAAGCUUGCUGUGACUCUCUCUACUCUGCUCCUGCUGCUGGUGGCACUGAUGACUCUGGGUGAAACUAGUCCUCUGAAAAUAGAUAUGCACAAGAACGCACAGAACACAAAAUGCUGCACAGAAUACCAAAAGGACCCCAUCCCCAAGAUGAGGCUGAGAGAGUACGCAAUCCAACAUAUCAGAGGGAGAUGUAACAUCAAGGCUGUGAUAUUCACCACUGUGAAAAGGGAUUGGGACAGACCUGUCUGUGCCGACCCCAACCAGCAGUGGGUACAGGAUGCCAUUAAACACAUCAAGACCAAAAGGAUGGCAGCCUGAAGAUCAUCAUCUGAUUGGCUGAUGACAGACAUGACACAAGGCUUCUUUAGUUACUGUUUGAGUGUGGAAAGUACAGUACUCAGUGGUGUGAUGCAAAUGUUCAGUACAAUAAAUAAUAUUGUAUCUAUUUUUAUAAUAAAUUGUUAUUUUUUCAUCAUGGUGUGGUUCACUGAAUGCAACAUUAAUCUCCAUUUUAGAUUCAGAUGGAACCUAAGUAAAUG